CCCCUCAAACAACAUACCCAAAUCCCUUAAACUCCAUAUCUCUACUUUCUAGUUUGAUCUGUUCAAAUCAAACCCAUCUUUUAUAGAUACAAGUUUGUGGUGACUUUUGUAUUGUCGUUCUUCGAUAUAUAUAUAUAUGGUAAUUAUGGAGCUUCAACUUGCACUCGCACUUCCAAGCAAUCCCAUGAAAGGGUUCGACCUCAACAGCUGUGGUUACGAGCCUAAGGGGCCUUUGGGCUCGGACCCUUUGAGCCACAUUGGAUCUUGUUGGUCCAGUGAAAGCAUUAGUGACUGUAACUUGAUCAAGAAACGUAGCUUUGAUGAAGCCUUUGUUGAGCCCCAAACUUUGCCUCUGUUGUUCUGGAAGAAUGACCCAAAUGAAGAAGAUGAUGAUGAUCAUAAUAAAGAGCUUGACAAGAACUCUUCCACCAUUGACAAUAAUAGAAUUGAAGGAGAAGAAGAAGGUGUGGUGGGGUGGCCACCCAUUAAAGCAUGGAGGAAGAAGCUUUGCCACAACAAUAGCAUCGGCAGCGGUGCCAGGAACGAAGGGUUGGUGGAAAAUGUUUAUGGUGGCAUCACUGGUGGCAAUGGUGGUGGAUUAAAAUCCACAUAUGUGAAGGUGAAGAUGGAGGGUGUGGCAAUAGCAAGAAAGAUUGACUUGAGCCUCCAUUACUCUUAUCAAACACUCAUGGAUACCUUGGUUGGCAUGUUUGGGAGAGGUCAGGCAAAUGUCAAGGCUUAUAAGCUUGCUUAUCAAGAUAGAGAUGGUGAUUGGCUGCUCGCAGGAGAUGUACCUUGGAGUUCUUUCACCGAAUCUGUGGAGCGACUAAAACUAUUGAAGAGCAACGGCUAAUUCAUGGAGAUCAUCAGAGCCUGUUGUCAACUUUUUCUUAAUAGAAAUAUAAAGAGACUAGAAUUCUCUGUUCUAAAAACUGUCCUUAUGUUUUAUCUUUUGAAUCACAGGAUGUAACUUUACUUUAAAUUAGAAAUCAUAUCGUGAUGCACGGAAUAACGGGACAAAGACUUUUUUGAGACACAGGAUCUCAACACAUCCUAAAUAGAUGUAUUUGAAUUAGACCUUUUGAGUAGAGCAACUUUAAGAAGUGGUAAAUUGGUACAAUAUUCUUUUCUUUCA